AUGGCAAGUUUUCGAGCUUUACCUCUAGCUAUGUUCAUCUUAGCAAUAGCAUUUCAUCCAGGCUUAGCUGAUGGCACAUUUUCCGAGAGCAUGUACUUCAAUUGGGGUGCUCAGCAUUCUUCAAUUCUGGGCAAUGGUGAUGAUCUUCAACUUGUGUUGGAUAGAACAUCAGGCUCUGGUGUUCAAUCAAAGGGAGCAUUCCUAUUUGGAAGCAUUGAGAUGCUAAUCAAGUUGGUACCUGGGAACUCUGCAGGAACUGUCACAGCAAACUACUUGUCAUCUACUGGCACCAAACAUGAUGAGAUCGACUUUGAAUUCUUAGGGAACUCAUCUGGACAACCUUAUACUAUCCACACAAACAUCUAUACUCAAGGAAUUGGAAACAGAGAGCAGCAAUUUCGCCCUUGGUUUGACCCAACUGCCGAUUUCCACAACUACACCAUCCAUUGGAACCCCACAGAAGUUGUGUGGUACAUUGAUGGUCUGCCAAUUCGAGUAUUCAGAAAUUAUCAGAGUGAGGGAAUUGCCUAUCCAAACCAACAAGGGAUGAGGAUUUACUCCAGCUUGUGGAAUGCUGAUAAUUGGGCAACUAGAGGUGGCCUUGUUAAGAUUGACUGGAACAUAGCACCCUUUAUAGCAAGAUUCCGUUGUUUUAGGGCAAGGGCUUGCCAAUGGGAUGGACCAGUAAGCAUUUCACAAUGUGCCUCCCCUACCCCUGCCAACUGGUGGACCUCUCCCACAUACAGACAAUUAAGCUAUGGUAAGCUAGGUCAGAUGAAAUGGGUAAGAGAUAACUACAUGAUCUACAACUACUGCAAAGAUACUAAGCGGUUCAAUGGACAGAUGCCUCCUGAAUGUUUUAAGCCGCAAUAUUAACAUGGAAAUCAAUGAUCAAAGCAGCAGCCCCUUUUCGUUUA